GGGGGGGGGUCAGUUUUACAUAGUUAGGGAGGGGGUCUUACAUCCUUGAUUUAUAAUGUGCCCAAAUAUUUGCCGUGAUGACAGAACCUUCCAUGACUGUCACAUUGCAUGCUGGGUAGGAGCAGUUAGAUUCUUUACAGACUGCAUGACAAGCACAACAAACGUUGGAGCCCCGCGUGCUUCUGGAGCCAGGCCUAGCCGUCAGGAUAUGGUGACCGCCUGUCUCCUGAUAGGUGUCUUUUAGGGGUCUCUGACCACUGUGGGAUUUCUUCUUACUGUCUGCUCUCAACAUUUAUGUCUAUUUAACAAUUAAAAAAAAAAAUAAAAUUUACUCACAGGUUUAUACGCUUUCUUUCUUUUUUGCACUACAACUUCACCCUCAGGGAGUUCUGCUGCUGCUUGUCACGGGAAAUCUAUUUUAGUGUGUUAAUGCAAUACUCUUCGGGUAACUAACUAAAUGAACUAAAAAGUACAUUGAAAUACGCCCUUUUAAAGUGGCCAGCAUGUCCCGUUCAGGGUUAUUGGCUCUCUGAUACGUAGACUGACCACCUAUCCUGUUAUGAUAAAACGAACACAUAGCUGGCAGAUUCUGCUAUAAAAUGUAUUUCACAGCGCGCGAGAAACAUCUCUGGGGCUACUGUGAGGACCAAGGCGUAGCAAUUUAUGCACGCCGAUUGUUUAGAGGACAAGGAAAGCACCUCUGCUCUCACAUUCCGCACAAUAAUAACAGAUGGCGACACGCACGAGAAGAAGCGUUCACGUGACAACCGUUGCUAAGGAAGCAUGAAAGGGCGCUUCCGGUUUGCGGGUCUGGGGGACGCGGCCAGAUGAGCGCGUGGAACUUAGAGCGGCGGAUAACGGCGUUUCAGCAGGCCAGCGGCCGAGGGUGGCUGGUCCGUCGGGAUCUCGGCCUGGCACGCCGGGAUUAUGAGGACAUCGUGAGGGAGAUCGAGGGGGAGCUGAGCGGCCUGCUGUGGAGGGGAGCUGCCAUGCCGACCCCGCGCUUCCCAGCACUGAGUAGUGCAGGCAGUGCUGGGGAAUUGAGUGCCAGCUGCCCAGGAAGAAGGCUUGGAGAAUCACGGCAGGAAACCCACAUGCCAGAGAAAGACCAUGGCCCAGGUGCACCAUCCCAGCUCUGCUCCACAGUGGAGGACAGUGGGCCUGCAGGGAGCGAGAGCGAGGCAGUGCCCCGCCUCCAUGUGUCAGGUGGCAGGGAUGAGACGGGGGACGGGGGUGUGUCACACAACGUGGCUGUGGACUGCAACUAUACCAGCCAACUGCGGCAGAUGGGGAUGCAGCGGCAGAGUUGGGUCCGGGAACUGCCUAGAACACGGGAGGAGCUGCGCCUACAGCGGAGCAGCCUGGCCAUGGAGCUGCUGUGGGUCCAACAAGCCAUCGGCAGCCGCAAGAAGUACCUCAUGCUGAAGCAGGGGCUGGCCGCUCCUGUACAGUAACGGGGACCCCCGCCCGGAUUGUUCCAGUAACGGGGACCCCCGUUACUGGAACAGACCGAGCACAUCGUACAGUGAGGGAGCACUGCUAUCGUGCAGCUGUCCAGGCGCACACGGACCUCCUCCCGACCCUCUCCCGGCCUCCUAUGUGGAGAACAUGAGAUAUAUGCUACCCUGGUGUUUGUGAUUCUAUGAAGGUCUGGCCUGAUGCAACUAUCUGCUAAAUUUGUAAAUGUGACAUGAGUCUGUUUCGUUUCUGUGUGUAAUUAAUUGAUACCAGUAAUAAAGACAUAUUUUUGUAACGUU